CACUCUGCUGUCAUAUAGCUAUCUCCUCUCCAUCCACACAAUUCCAUAUUAGCUUCAGCCUGCAGGCGAGGGAGGUACCGAGGUAAUAGAGCAGGCUAGGCUACCUAGCUAGAGAUAUAUGGCCGGCGGCGAGGACGGCUCGGCGGCGGCGUCGUCGUUGCUGCCGCCGGAGCGGAGGCACGAGGGUUGCCCCGGGUGCCGCCUUGAAGAGGCCAACAAGACGAGCACCGGCGUCCCCUACCUCAACUUCUUCUUCAUCUGGAUCGUCUGUCUCACUAACACUCUGCCGGUCCAGUCGUUGUUCCCCUAUCUAUACUUCAUGAUCAGGGACUUAAAAGUCGCACAGCAAGAGCAAGACAUCGGCUUCUAUGCUGGAUUCGUUGGAGCAAGUUAUUUCCUUGCCAGAACCUGUAGCUCUGUCCCUUGGGGCAUGUUUGCUGACAAGUAUGGAAGAAAGCCGUGCAUCAUGAUCAGCAUACUCUCAGUAAUUGCGUUCAACACACUCUUUGGUCUUAGCACAACUUAUUGGAUGGCAAUUGUGACUCGGGGGUUGCUUGGGAUGCUUUGUGGUAUCCUUGGACCAAUUAAGGCCUAUGCUAUAGAAGUCUGCAGGAAAGAGCACCAAGCUCUAGGGAUCUCAAUUGUUACAACAUCAGACGCAAUAGCACUUGUUGUUGGACCAGCUAUUGGAGGAUUUCUUUCACAGCCAGCAGAAAAGUACCCAAAUGUUUUCUCCAAAGAGUCCAUAUUUGGGAGGUUUCCAUACUUCCUUCCAUCCUUUGUCAUAUCGAUACUAGCAAUGGGAUCAUGUAUUGCAUGCAUUUGGCUUCCGGAAACACUACACUUUCACAUUGAUGAAAAAGUAGAAGCUACCGAUGAAGUGGAGGCACAAGUUGGUGACUCGACCAUACAAGUUGGAAAAGCUAAACAAUCUAGUGACAGAUCUACAAAGAACCUCCUAAAGAACUGGCAACUGAUGUCAGCAAUAAUCCUCUAUUGUAUCUUUUGCCUCCAUGAUGUAGCUUAUGCUGAGACAUUUUCACUCUAGGCAGUGAGCAACAGAAAAUUCCAUGGCUUGGGUUUGACAUCCCAAGAAGUUGGUACUGUGCUAGCAGUCUCAGGUUGUGGACUUUUGAUAUAUCAACUUUUUGUUUACCCAUUCAUUGUCAAGUAUCUUGGACCAAUAAGGCCAUUGCGACCUACAGUGGUAUUGUCUAUACUUCUCCUUACAACAUAUCCCUUCAUGGUCAACCUACAAGGGCUGGAGCUCAAAGUACUAAUCAACAUAGCCUCGCUUAUGAAGAAUGUAUUCUAUGCUACAAUCAAUAUUGCGUGCAACAUUCUACAAAACACAGCAGUGACACAAGAACAAAGAGGUGUUGCAAAUGGCAUCUCGAUGACUCUAAUGUCAUUGUUCAAAGGUGUAGCUCCGGCGGCGGCAGGAAUUUUGUUUUCAUGGGCCCAGAAGCACAUGAAUGGUGGGCUAUUCUUACCAGGUGACCAGAUCAUGUUUCUGACGAUAAACAUGGUUUCCAUACUUGGGCUAAUUCUGACGUUCAAGCCAUUUUUCUCCAUGUCAAAUGCGUUGAGGCGUUCCUAGCUAUGUAUACUUAGUUGCCACUUAUGGGAUAAAUCAGGGGCACUUCCUCGGGUCUAAAACUGUGAUAGUCUACGUGAUACAUGGGUCUGUAAUUAUCACCAAAUUUCUAGAUAUGUAAUCAAAGUGAAGGGGCUAUCUAAAUUUUUUGGGGGUGUAAACUCCAGAUCACCCGAUGCUUCGACAGUAUAUAUGAUAAUAAAAUGAUACUCAGACCAACCUUGACUCCUUA